CAGACAAAAACAUAAAAACGUGCUCGUCUAAAUUUUUUCUUUUCUUUUUGGUGAAGAUUUAAAAAAGUCGAAAAAAUUAAAGCAAAUCUUAAAACAAUAAAACCACAUUAUGGUACGGCAUAAUAAUCAAUUGCCGGAUAAUCUGCCGCAGUUACAGAAUUUAAUCAAACGUGAUCCAGAAUCUUACAAAGAUGAAUUUCAUCAACAGUAUAGGCAUUUUCUUAGCAGCCUGGAAGUUUUUGCCUUGAAUCCUACCGAGGAAAACAAAUCCUUAGAUGAAUUGGUUAUGUUUAUAGCACAGGUGGCUCAAUGUUAUCCUGAUGUAUGUCUACAAUUUCCACAACAUUUGGUUGAUUUGUUGAAAAAUCAUGCUACCACGUUGGAUCCAGUUAUGCGUAAUUGUUUUGUUAAGGCCUUGAUAUUGCUGCGCAAUAAAAAUCUUAUACCUGCCUUGGACUUGCUGGAAUUAUUUUUCCAAUUGUUGCGCUGUCCCGACAAACAUUUGCGUACAUUUUUACAGAAUCAUAUUAUUACCGAUAUUAAAAAUAUGAAUGCCAAACAUAAGGAUAUGAAAUUGAAUUCUACACUACAGAAUUUUAUGUACUCCAUGCUAAAGGAUGCAAAUCCAAAGGCCGCAAAAAUGUCAGCUGACAUUAUGAUUGAGCUGUAUAAGAAAGAUAUUUGGAAUGACGAAAAGACCGUUAAUGUCAUUGCAACUGUGGGAUGUUUUUCGAAAAUAACUAAGGUGCAAGUAGCCUCUUUGAAAUUUUUCUUGGGCCAUGAUGACGAUGGGGAGAAGGGUUCUGAUGGUUCGGAUAGUGAAAAUGAAGUUGAUUUAAAAUCUGCUCUCAUCCAAAGUCGUGUCAAUAAAAAGACCAAGAAACGUAAGAAGCAAUUGGAUCAACUUAAAAAGCAGGCUAUUAAACAGCAAAAGAAAAAGAAGAAUGCGGUGGCUUUCAAUUUCUCUGCCAUUCACUUGAUACACAAUCCUCAGGGCAUGGCCGAGGGACUUUUCAAACAAUUACAGGCUGGAAAUGAACGUUUCGAGGUUAAACUAAUGCACUUGGAUGUCAUUUCUCGUCUCAUUGGUAUACACGAACUGUUUCUUUUCGCUUUUUAUCCCUACAUAACUCGUUUCAUACAGCCACAUCAAAGGCAGGUUACCAGAAUUUUACAGUUUGCCGCACAGGCUUCUCAUGAACUAGUACCGGGCGAUGUGGUGGAACCCAUUUUGAAAACAAUUGCUAAUAAUUUUAUCACUGAGCGCAAUUCAUCGGAUGUUAUGGCUAUAGGUUUGAAUGCAACACGAGAAAUUUGCCAAAGAUGUCCUUUGGCCAUGGGAGAAGAUUUGCUCAAGGAUUUGACCAUGUAUAAGACGUACAAAGAGAAGUCCGUUAUGAUGGCUGCUCGUUCAUUAAUUAUUUUGUACAGGGCACAACUGCCAGCAUUGUUGCACAAAAAAGACCGUGGCCGUUUGACCGAAGCUCAGGCUGAACUUAAACCAAAAGCUUAUGGUGCUGUUGACGUACAUGAAUCUAUUCCGGGUGCUGAGGCCUUAUUGAAGAGUUCCAAAACCAUUGAUUUGGGCAGUGAUAGCGAUGAGACAGAUUCCAAUGAUGGUGAUUGGGUCAAUGUAACUCACAGUGAUGGUGAAGACUAUGGUGAGGACGACGACGUUGAAGAAGCAAGUGAUGAUGAAGAGGACGAAGACGACGAGGAAGAUGAUGAUGAAGACGAUGACGAUGAAGAUUGUGAGGAUGAAGAUGACGAAAGUGUUGCUAGUGACGAAGAGGAUGAGGAAGAAGAUGAAGAAGAACAACCAGAAAAGAAAAAGAAUGAAGCCAAAAAUAAAAAGGCCCGCUCCGCAUCCAUUUCAUCUAAAGCCUCCUCAAAAUCUUCCAAAAAGUCUCAAAAAGGCAAGAAAAAAUCUUCUGAACUUCCUGAAAAUGCCACCAUACUGAACGAAAAAGAGGCCGCUCAAGAAUUAGCACUUACACGCAUCUUCACCGACGAAGACUUUAAACGUAUCAAUGCUGCAAAUGUCAAGAAAGCCGUAACAAAUGCUCGCAAGAGGCCACUGGAAAAAGAUCGCGAAGAAUUUGUCAAAUUAGAUAAAAUCGAAAUGAUCUAUAAGAAACGUAAGCAUGACAAAGAUACGCGUCUGGAGACGGUGCAAGGUGGUCGUACAGAUCGUGAGAAAUUUGGCUGGAAGGAUGGCCGUAAGAAUGAAAAUUGCUCAAAGACUAAUCGUGAGAAGGAGAAACGUAAGAAUUUCGUUAUGAUGCGUCACAAGGCCAGAUCCAAGGUGAAGAAGAGUUUCCGCGAUAAACAACAGGCGAUGAGAAAACAUUUGCUGCACAUAAAGAAAAUGAGGUAAUGCUGCAAUAAAAUAUGUGUGUUUCCUUUAACAAAAUAUGUUUGUUAAAAUUUUAUUGUAGAUUUUUAGGUGAAGUUAAAAUAUAAUAAUAAAUUAAAUAUAUUAUUCUUUUAUAUUUAAAAAAAGGAACAAAAA